AUGUCUAAUGCACUGCAAGCUCAGCAGAAUCCGCCAGUGGAUGCAUUUCAUGAUUUGGGAAAGUUCCAGAUGAGUAAUUCGCUGACCUUUAAGGGUAGGUAUGAUCUGGAUGACUGGUGGGAUAAUGCUCGCCCAAGGUUGGAAGUUGUUGGUGCUGAAAUCACUUGGACCAUGUUCAGAGCUGCAUUCCUGGAGAAGUAUUUUCCCACAGAUGUGUGUAGCAAGAAGGAGAUUGAGUUUCUCAAGAUGAAACAAGGAAGAAUGAUUGUUGUUGAGUAUGCCAUGAAGUUUGAGGAGCUAGUGAAGUUCUGUCCUCACUACCAUAAUGUUGUUGUUGAAGAAUCCAAGUGUGUUAAGUUUGAAAGUGGAUUGCGUCUAGAGAUUAAGGGUAUCAGUUACCAAGAGAUAUGCAAGUUCCCUACUUUGGUGAAGAAGUAUAAAAUUUAUGAUGAGAACAACAAGGCUAAAUCUGCUCAUUACAAAAGUCUUAGUGAGAGGAGAGGAAAGAACCAGAAUCGAGGAAAGUCAUACAGUGCGCCAGCUGACAAGGGAAAGCAGAAGGAUUCUGAUGAUAAAAAGCCAAGUGAGUGA